CUAAGAAAACUACAACCGACUCCUAUUUCACAACGUUUGUGAAUGGCGAAGCAAGUCUGACGUUUAAAAUGAACGCCCACCCUCCACCCAAGCUGCUAGGAGUAGUUUACAACGGAUCAGCAAAUAAUUUCAUCUCCAGUAAAUCUGAAUAUGAGAACAGUGUGAGGUCUACAUGUUCAUCUGAUACAUCGUACAGCUCUAUGAUUACCUGCACGGUGACUCUACUAAACCAAACCAUCUACACCCCCGGGCUUUACACCGUUACUUUCAGAAAUGGUCUUGGAGACAUUUCAUUCGCGUUUGAAAUCAGAGAAAAAUUACUACCAACAACAAAUGCAAUGGAAACAACAGGACAGUCGAAGUCUGAAGUUGCAGGACCUGUUGCUGGUGGAGUUAUAUGUGCUCUUGUUGUCAUCGCGUUGGUUGUCAGUGCAGUCAUCUUUAUCAGAAGAAAAAGAAGAAAACCAGAUGAGAGAGGCUUACCAAGGAACCAGGCGCUGACUUCAAAAACUUACCCCGAGAGAAGCCUAGAAAUAUACGACCAUCUACAAAGGGAAAAUAUCAACAGCCCGUCUGUUUACCAAGCACUAGGACCUCAACAGGCUUCAAGCGCCUUUACAGACCAUGAAGAUCAAGAAAACCCACAUGUCUAUGACAUCCCGAUUGACCUGCAUGAAAACACAAGAGGAACACAACAAAAAGAGACAGUCUACCAGAACAGCAUAUUUUCUUAAAGAAACUGUACUGCUUUAAACUUUGUUGAUCAAGUGGAGAGUUCAGUCCCACAGAGACAAGUUCCCUAUUGUUAGCGCUGUACAUACAUGCCACUACAUUGGUAACUGUAUUGGUUUCUUUAAAUGUUUAGGAAUAUUUGAGAGGUCUGCAAUACGACCAAAAAAUUUGGUUCCCUGGCCUUUUCAUUGUUUAGUAUAGCUGUCUAUCAGAACAGUAUAUAAAGCUCCUCCACGGUGAUGACAGCAAUUGUCACUUGUACUUAGCUUAGGGGGAUAUAAUUAAUAGGGACAGAUACAACAUAAUUAAUGAAUAACGUCUAUCAGAAAAGGGAUCACUAGGAACGUUUGAUCAUCAUGAUCGUGGAAUAUGACACCAGGUAAAAGUUAUUAGCAGAAUGGUCGAACACAACAGCUAAACAGCUAGUGUUUUGCUUUUUUUUAUAUAAGUUAUUGAAAAUAUAAAUUUACCACUUGUUUGCUAAAAUAUUUACCUGUUGAAAUACUACCCGGUAUUGAAAAUGUUUUUUUGAAGUGGAUAGAAAGUGAGGUAGAAAAAAAGAUGGGAUGCAGCAGGAAAGAAAAAAGGUUCAUUUUCGAGAAAUAAUAAGCUCGUUGUGAAGGACAUUUUCCAACAGUAAAGAUAUCGUAUACAUCUACUAUAACAUUGUUGACGGCGAGAAUAACUCCUGUGACCUUAAUACGCCUUGCUAAUUUGUGUUAUCUCCCUUAUCAAAGUCCGGAAUAACUUUAAGGAAUUUUAGGGGAUUGUCUUCUUUUAAAGGAAUAAUCUUAGGUCCAGCCAUUGAUUAAGCAAGAAUUGUGUUCACAGACUAAAUCCAACAAGUGCACGUUGCACGUCUUACAUAAAUAUUGCGAUAAGUGUUCAUUUAUCACCACUCGUCCAGGCCCUUGAGUGGUGAAAAUGGCGCUCGUUUCUGAACUCAAGUAAUGCUAGACCAGGAAGAAGAAAUCUACAUUUAUUUAUGUGUGUGAGUCUGUAAAUAUAUGACAUUGGACACGGUAGGCGGCCUAACUGAUCACGGGUACAAGUUCCCAAAAAUGCACAGCAAGCAUAAACAAGCAAAAUGAAUUUACCUCUAAUAUGAAGUUUUACGACCUCGGUCAGCUUCAUUCUACAAAGCAAACAUUAACACAAAUAUAACCAUAUAUUGUCUAAAUGUAAAUGCAUAUCUACACAAGUAUUCCUGCGCGAAAUUCACUAGAAGGAAAAAAAAAACCUUAAUUGUUUACAUAUCUUUUUAAGAAGCAGAUUAAAGUGAACUUCAAUUCCUUUGCUAGCUUGAAUGUUACGUUCAUUCGCGUUCUUGAAAGGAAUCUCGUGUAAGCAUGUUGUGUUCAGAGGAGGAUAUGAGUGUGUAAAUAUAUAUACGCCCAUAAUUUAAAAAAAAAAAAAAA